CAAAAAUUCGUUAGGUCUACCCCAUUUCCCCGUCGUCGCACUGUGUGUGUGUCUGUGUGUGCGUGCUCUCUUCGUUGUGCUAGAAGCCAUAAAGAUGUGACCAAGUAAAAAAAAAAAAAAAAGUAAAUAAAAAGAAGAAAAAUUGAAGAUAUGAUGGAUUCUUCUCAUAGCGGGAAGAAAGACAAACCUGGAGGAGGGGAGGACGGCGGUCAUCAGCGGGCGAUAAUGCCGAAGCCGGAGGCAGCGGCGAUGGGGUUGGCGGCGGUGCCGAAAGCUGAGCCGAUGGAGGUGAUGGGAACGAACAUUCAGAUGAUGCGGGGGGCUGGGGCUGGGGCUGGGGCUGGGGCGGCAGCGGGGAGGACGAAGGACAGGCACACGAAGGUGGAGGGGAGGGGGCGGAGGAUACGGAUGCCGGCGGCGUGCGCGGCGCGGAUAUUCCAGCUGACGCGGGAGCUGGGGCACAAGUCGGACGGGGAGACCAUCCGCUGGCUGCUCCACCACGCCGAGCCCGCCAUCGUCGCCGCCACCGGCACCGGCACCGUCCCCGCCAUCGCCACCACCUCCGUCGACGGCGCCCUCAAGUUCCCCACCCACGCCCCCUCCCCCUCCCCCUCCCCUUCCUCCUCCGCCGCCGGGGACAAGAGGAGGAAGCUGCAGCCAUCUAGGGUUUCCGGGAUCGGCGCCGCCGCGGGGUACUACACGAUACACGACCCGCUCCUCCCGGGCGGAGGAGCGAUAUCGAUCUCCGCGGGGCUCGCGCCCAUCCUCGCCGGCGCCGGCGCGGGGUGGGUGAUCCCGCCGGGCGCCCUGUGGAUGAUCCCGCCGCCGCACGCCGUCGCCGCCGCCGCCGCCGCCGCCGCGGCCCCUGGGCCGUCGACCCUGUGGGCGCUGCCCCCGGGCUCGCAGAUCGUAAACUUCGCGGCGGCGGAGCCCAAAUCGCCCAAAUCGCCCAAGCAGCAGCAGCAGCAGCAGCAGCAGCAGCGGGAGCUCCAGCUAAUGGCGGAGCCCGCAAAGGAUCGUCGCAAGGGAGAAGAUGAGGAGGAGAAAGAGGAGGAGGAGGAGGAGGAGGAAGAGGAAGAGAGCGGGGCCGAAGAGUAGGUAUGGCUUCGUCUCCUCCUCCCCGAUCGUUUUCCUAUUCUCGUUCGUUUUUAACAUUAUUAAUAUUUCUUUUUUAAAAUUUUAAGGUAGAUAUAUUAUUAGGCUUGGGGAUAUUUCAUGUGCGUUUUCCACGUAACAUUUUUAGAGUUAACUUGGCUAGUUUUCUUCCAAGUAGAGUUGUUGUUCUUCAUCGAUGAAAUGAAAUCUCGCCAUUGUUAUCCGGUCCUA